AUGGGUCAAAAGAGACAGACCAAGUUUCAAGAGGAGGAGUCAAAGAUUUUAGAAAAUAACUCAGUUAAACUUGAGAAAGAAAUACUUGCUGAUAAUGAGGAGAUUGUAUAUCCAGUCGGGCAAUCAAAAUUUGUUCUGGAGAACCUUCAGUAUUACACAGUCCACCCAAAUUUGGCCCAGUACUAUAAACCUUUGAAGUCCACUGCACUGCAGAAAUUCCUGACUCAAAACAGGAAAACCACAAGCUUCAUGUUAAAAGUAACAGAGUAUGAUCAGGAUAAGACUUUACUGAUUAUGACCAACAACCCCCCUCCCGGCCUAGUCGACCAGCAAGAAAAGGACAACUCACCAAAAUACUUCCCCAGGGAGGUACUGCUCAAGGUAAUGGAAAGUUGUCAGCACAAAUCUACCAAGGACUUCUGGCUGCCUCAGAUGCCUCAGAAAAAAAAGUUAAGACCUGGGCUGAAACCAGUCUUCCCUCUGACGCUGUGGGACGAGCCUACAUUCAAGAAAGCACAGUGGUUUAGGUUUUCUACUGACAAUGAUUUCAAGAGUGAAGGGAACUAUUCAAAACUAUAUGCUUUGAGGCAACAGAAAAAAAUGUACCCGCAGCUCAACUUUGCUCCAGUCUAUGAAAGAGACGUGAGGAAAUCCGUCUCCAAGAAGUCAAGGAGUGAAACGCCGAUUUCCAAGGUGAUCUGGGAACCACUAACCCUUUCAUCGCUCCUAAAAGAGAAGCCUACCAGAAUCGCGCCUGGGGAAAGUGACUUCCGCCAUGGAAGGGCUCAACAGUGGAUCAUCAAAAAUGCCAUUGUCACUCAGUGA